AAAGCCAAUGUUAUUCGCAUUAUUUUUGUAAUCCAUAAUAAUUUCUGAAUUUGUAAUAGUACAUAGUAUACUAUUAUUACAGCGCGGCAAUCAAAGAGUCUCAACACUUGCUUCCGGUAUUUUGGGUUUGUUCUUCAUAUUUGUAUUAGUAACCAUGAUUCUCUCUGUACUUAAUAUCCUUCAUUGGCUGGAUUUUCUCUACUACUGUAGCUAUAUUAAAUUAAUAAUAACAAUGGUUAAAUAUAUACCACAGGCACUGAUGAACUAUCGACGCAAAAGUACUGCCGGUUGGAGUAUUGGAACUGUACUAAUGGACUUUGCUGGCGGCGCUUUUAGCAUGCUGCAGAUGAUCUUAAAUGCCUACAAUUAUGAUGAUUGGAUUUCAAUUUUUGGUGAUCCGACUAAAUUCGGUUUGGGCCUACUGUCCGUUAUUUUCGAUAUGUUAUUUAUUCUGCAGCAUUAUGUAUUUUACAG